UGCGAGGGUACCGUUACAACUGACGGAGCGUUGAACCCUAAAUGGUACGAACCGGCGUGGUGGAACUACCUUCGGCAUUUCCUAAAUCGCCACUGACAAGUGCACUUAGGCCAGUUGUGUUCUUCCCAAAUGAAUCAUCGAAAAAAUUGUGUACGCGUUGCCUGACAAUUAUAGCUUGCAAUUAGUGGGAUCGUGAAACUCGAAAACAAAGGUGUUUCAGUAUAAAGAGUGAGGAUGGAAUUGAAAAAUGGCCACGUCGAAGAAAAGGAAAAGAAAAGAACGAAGAAACAGAAGUCGAUCUUUUGGACUUACGUGUUGUGGUUGUUUGGAGGUCUGUUUGGGGCACACCACGUGUAUUUGGAACGAGACAUACAAGCGUUCGUCUACUUUAGCACUUUUGGGGGAUACUUUGGUCUCGGAUGGCUUCGAGACAUUUACAGGAUUCCUUCGUACGUGCGAGACGCUAACGAAGAUCCCGGUUUCUUGAACGAAUUCAAACAGAAAGUCAGAAGCAAUGGAAAGCCGCCAUUCUCCACUGUGCGAUUUGCUGCCGAAAAUGCAGUGGCGUAUUUAUGGGCUGAACUGUUUCGUAAUGCCAUUCCGGAAGACGAAAUUUUUGGUAUCAAUUUCAGGCACUUGUUAAUCUUGACACCCUUGGUGAUUGCUCUAGGUGUCUGGACGAUCGGAAAUAUCGGCAGGGAACAAGGAUCCAUAUGGUUCGCUUUAUGCUCGGCGUACUUGUUUUAUCCAACUUUAUCCUAUAUCGGGGACGACACCGUAUGGUUGUCUUUGAUGAUCGUAGCCGCUAGCUUAAGUUUCGAUACGUUCAGCAAGCAAUGGAGACUAAAGCCAAGAAGGAAAAGAAACCUUGUUCAAAGAAUCGUUUACCUAGGCUUCGCUGUCGCGAUUUAUCUUUGUUUGAUAGGAUGUUAUCUCUACUUCAAUGCAGUCAUUACCGACAGCGAAGGCGAAGAGAUCAAACUAUCCGAAGCGAUUCAGCAUUUCUUAACGUCUCCUAUAUGGCUGGAUCUUAAGGCUAGCUUGGAAGCGACGUGGAAUCAAGCGAUGCAUCAAGGUUUUUGGGCAACAUGGACGCAACUGGUGGACCUAACCGAUCCUCGGGGAGAAAUAAAUGCUUACAAAGUGUUGGGUCUGUCGCAAACGGCCACGCAAACCGAAGUAACGGCUCGUUGGAGAGCUCUCUCGAGAGACAAUCAUCCUGACAAGAUAAAAGGCAGCGAGGAGGAGAGAAGACAAGCCCAAGAAAAGUUCAUGGAGAUACAGCAGGCGUACGAAAUCCUUUCGAAGGCAAAGAAUCGUAGACAACGUCGCAACAGAAAAUCUGAUUGAUCUGCGAGCAGUUUAAUUGUGUAUGGCAACUUUAAGGUAUCCCAGCUUUCGUACAAGUUGCAAAAUUAAUCAAAGUUCCGAUCGAUAGGUUCAUAGUAUUCGUGGAAAUAUUUCGUAUCUCGAAUACGUUUCGCGAUUUAGAAUAAGAACACAUAUAUAUGUAGAAAGUAUACAUAUGUAGGUUACAUGUUUUUCACUCGAUCGACAAUUUAGGCGAGGUACGGUGACGAAAUGAUUUUGGGCACCGAUCACAUUCUGCCUCGUUGUAGAUGUCUGUUUAUACGUGUAAAUACAAGAACUGACUUGUGUAAAUAUGUUUAUACCUGUAAAUAUAAAAGCAAGAAAAGAUAGUAUGUA